GUCGUCUUUUCGUACAGUCUCCCCGUGUGUCGUUCUGUUUUUCCGCUGAAAGAAAGGAAUGUUCACCCUUUCUUGAGCCACAAAUGAAGCCACCAGUUUGCGGAACCCAAAAGAGGCUUCACUGAAAGCGAAUUUGCAUUCUUUUUUGCGACUGUGUGUGAGGGCCUCGAAUAACUCGAGGUGAUCCGAAGAGGCCUGUCGGUCUUUUUUUAACGCCGUUUCCCCCUGGUUUUCUUCCUCUCCGUUCUUUCUCAGUCUUCCCCCUUUCUCUCCACUUCUCGUCCCCGUUCCUGCCUUUCCGCGUCCCUCGCCUCUGCUUGUUCUUACGCCUGCCACUCAACCCCCUCCGGGGAGAUGUCUUUCGCGUUCCUUCUCUCCUCGUGUUUCUCCACCACAUCAACCAAAUCCACCUUCAUCAAGUUUUCCGUUUCGUCGACACCGUAUGUACGUCUGGACACCUUUUCUCCCACUCGGAGCGAAAUAACUACGGGGGUCUAAACGGCUUCUCCCCCCUGCCUCGUAACUCGGUUUGAGCUCCACCAGCUGUCAGGCUGUUGCCUGUGCCGGAAUACAUUUCAUCCACGCUUUCUCGGUGCCUUUUCCUGAAUGCGUUGUCCUUGUUUCUGGAACGCCGAGGCGAGUCACGUCGGUCCUGCGGCUUCGCCUCUGGAGGCUGGAGGGAAACACCAAGGACGGAGGGUGCAUGGGCAGAAGCCGCACACCGCUUGAGGAGGAAGAUCAGAAGACAGCCCCGUGUCAUCUGUCUAGUCUCCACACCCUCCACAUCUCUCCUCUUUGGAGCAGAUUGGUCUAGAGAAUUUUCCGGCACUUUGCGCUCUUCUUACUCCUGUGCUUCUGUGCUCUCCACGCAGAGGUGCUGUUCGUCCUGGCCGCCUCCGCGUGCUGGAGCCCGGCUCUUCUCUCUCUCAGAUCAGGAGCUCUGUGAAGAGAGGAGCAGUUUCUGGAGAGAACGACUCAUCUUCUCUUCAGCUUCCAAAGACAUUUCUUGGUUUCUCCUCGUGAUGAAUAAACUUCUCUGAGACCCUUCUGAAAAAACCUUGCACUUCUGCUUCUCUCCUCUUUCCUUCCGUAUCCUUCCGCUUCCCUUGCUGAAGGCUGAACUCUUCUGUCCCUCUCAGUCUCCGUUUCUUCUCACCUGUCUCCAUUUCUUCGCACCUGUAUCGUGGUCUUCUCACCUGUCUCCUGUUCUCCUCACCUGUCUCCUGUUCUCCUUACCUGUCUCCGUUUCCUCUCUCCUGUCUCUCUCCCUCUUGUUCUUUGUCUCUCACGAUGUUUAGCUCCGCUACCGCCUCGGGAACUUCCGGGGGUCUCUUCGGCUCGGGGACAGGAGGCGGAUUGUUCGGCGGCUCUGCAGCGACUCCAGCAGGCGCGUCUGCAACUGCCGGAACGGGCCUCUUCGGCUCUGCCCAGGCGACGUCUGGGGGCCUCUUCGGAGCCGCCUCUGGAGGCGCCGCGGGCGCUGCAGGGACAAGUCGCCCCGGCGGGGGCCUCUUUGGAGGCGGAACAACGACCGCAACUGGCGCCGGAGGGACAAGUCUCUUCGGAGCGGCGCAGCAGAAGUCGGCGACCGGCGCGACGACAGGGCUGUUCGGCGGCGGGACUGCCCCCGCGGGGACAGCUGGAGGCGGGGGCCUUUUCGGGAAUUCGCAGGCGGCAAAGCCCGCCACGGGGGGACUGUUUGGAGCCCAGCCAGCGCAGAGCACGGGCGCGACCGGGGGACUGUUUGGAGCCCAAUCGGCGCAGAACACGGGCGCGGCCGGGGGACUGUUUGGAGCCCAACCGGCGGGGGCGACUGCGGCAUCUGCGGGCGCCGCCGUGCUCCCGAGAGAGCCGACUGUGGCGAACAUCGAUCGAGUCGUGCCGGGGGUGCUGGAGAAGUUCAAGAAGAUCGAAGAGAAGAUGCGCGAGGAGGAGAAGGUCAUGAACGAGCUGCAGGCGGCGACGAGGAAGAUGAGAGAGUCUUUCUCGGGUUUCUCCUCAUCGCUCUCGACGCACCAGUCGCGUGUCUCCUGGGCUCUGCAUCACGUUCUCGUCUUGAAACGUGAGGCACAGAACCUCGCCCCCGUCGUUCAGAGAGACAAGCAACUGGCCUUGCAGGUGGAGCAACUCCACCAACAACUGGAACAGAAUGUCACGGCGGCGAACGCGUCUCUGGCGCGAGCCUGUUCUGCGGGCGGUUCACGCGACGCUGUCUACGUCGUCCCUCUCCAGGUCCCGUGCCCCCUAUCUACGCCGUUGUACCAGCAGCUUCUGCAAGAAGUUUGGAGUGUCAGUGGAAAACUUCAGCAGCUGGAGCAGCAGGUCAAGUUGCUGCGCCUCGAGCGAGAGACCGCGGCGCGGUCGAGCUGUUCGUACACCGUAGACGGGGUGUCUCUGGCGGGAGGCUACUCGGAAUCUGGAGUCGACUUCCACUCCGAAGUUCAAAUGAUCAAAGAGGUCCUCGAGUCUCAGCGUGAAGUUCUUCUUGCGACGGCCCAGAAGGCUCUCGAACUCCGAGAGAACACGCGCCGCAUGCAAGAUUACCUCGAACGCCGGGGAGUCAAAAUUCCUGUUUUUCCGGAAGACCAGGAAGAGGUCGCAGUGAAUGCGAUGGCGGUCCAGGCGACUCAGACCACCGGAAGACUCUUCGGGUCUACUGGCCCGACCUCCUCGCCUCUUGGCGGCAUUUUCGGGCCUCUGAGUUCUCAGACAACGCCGGCAGCUGGGGGUCUCUUUGGCACAGUUGCUGGCGCCUCUGCCACUCCUGCUACGGGGACAGGAGGCGGAUUGUUCGGCGGCUCUGCAGCGACUCCAGCAGGCGCGUCUGCAACUGCCGGAACGGGCCUCUUCGGCUCUGCCCAGGCGACGUCUGGGGGCCUCUUCGGAGCCGCCUCUGGAGGCGCCGCGGGCGCUGCAGGGACAAGUCGCCCCGGCGGGGGCCUCUUUGGAGGCGGAACGACGACCGCAACUGGCGCCGGAGGGAGAAGUCUCUUCGGAGCGGCGCAGCAGAAGUCGGCGACCGGCGCGACGACAGGGCUGUUCGGCGGCGGGACUGCCCCCGCGGGGACAGCUGGAGGCGGGGGCCUUUUCGGGAAUUCGCAGGCGGCAAAACCCGCCACGGGGGGACUGUUUGGAGCCCAGCCAGCGCAGAGCACGGGCGCGACCGGGGGACUGUUUGGAGCCCAAUCGGCGCAGAACACGGGCGCGGCCGGGGGACUGUUUGGAGCCCAACCGGCGCAGAACACUGGCGCGACCGGGGGACUGUUUGGAGCUCAACCGGCGCAGAACACGGGCACGGCCGGGGGACUGUUUGGAGGCCAACCGUCUGGAACAAGUGGGAGCAGUUUAUUCGGCAACACAGGUGCCGGCUUAUUUGGAGCGAAGUGACAGCCGCUCCAGAAGGCCAACAGACGGGGUAUGGUAUGUUUUCUGUUUUGCGAAUCUCCUUGUUUUUGGAUUUACCCGUUUUCGUUUGCUAGGCGCGUCUACGUUCUACGGAGACAUGCUGGCCGUUCGCCAAGACUUGUAACAUUUGUAUGUAUAUAUCAUAUACAUACGUAUACGUGCAUGCGGUUCACCUCGGUUUCCUGGUGUAAACCAGGGGAACUGACAUGAGACAGAAAAUGACCUCAAAAUUUCUUUUCGGUUGUCAGUAUCUGGCGAGAAGUCCGCUGGUGUCAAACUUGGAAGACGCGCUCUUUCUCUCCACUAAGACAUAGACCUGCC